AUGGACAAAAACCAACAUAAAACCCAUCUAACAAAAUCUGCGCCUCCCUACGCUUGGAGUACUGGUCGAGCCACGGGCCCAUCCUUACUACACUACCGGCGUCCUCCGCUAUUGGUACGUCCUCUCUAUGCAACUGACCUGCAACUGACGCAGCUGCCCUUUUUUCGCACUUUUAACCGAGUCCAACAAGCAAAGAAAUUGAACCAGUACGCCCUCAAAUUAGGUGUAAGAACCUCAACAACGCUUGCGCCUUAUCCGGAAAAAGCCAUAACAAAAGGCUUGCAAAAAUGGAGAACCCCUGAAGCCAGUUGCCAAAGUUAUGGGGCAGCUACUUGCCCUUUUCCCCAUCUGACAAGUCACCUCGCCACGGCCUAUCCACUAAUUCCCUAUCUGGGGAACUAG